AGUUCAAGACUUCCCCUUCCUUUAUUUUCUGUGGCGUCGUGUUCGCGCCAAGAAGGACACACAGAACGUUCCGUGAAUGGACCGCACCAAAAACACAAAGAGUGAAUCAGAAGAUGAAGCUUGGUGACAUGCGACAACUUGUUCGCGACAACCUGCGCCCCGCGGACAGCGACGUCGCUCCAUAGUUUUGUUUGUCCCGCCAACGGUCGCCAUCUCCUAGUCCUACUCCAGGCUGAGCAAAAUGGUUUCGACGUCCAAACGACAGACAAACUGCUCGAAAAGUAGCUUUACCUCAUCUACUUGCCGCAGCUUUAUUGCUUUCGUUUGUCUCAUUUCCCGAAAGGUACUACUACGCGGCGGUCUAAUAUUACCUCCACUGCCCCCCCUCCUCCUGCUGGAGAAGUUGAAAUGCUUCGCGGCCGGAGAAGCAGCCGCAGCACCAACUUCAACUUCUGUGGGGCUUCUGGAUAAGGGUAAACAAGAAGAAGAACAACUACAGGAAGACGACGGGCCCCGAGGUGGUCGUGGCGGACGAGCAAAAACAAAAAGCACAACUACUCGCUUUUCCACGGCGCCCCCCCCCCCUCCGAGGAAAAAUGACCGACAGGGAGACGAUGAUGUUGACGGCGAAUUGAGAAAUACAAAUUCACGAGACAGCGACGAGAACGGUUCUGCCCUUCAAGAAGAAUCAGCAGUGGAGUUCUUGCAAAGCAGCGAUACUCGUUCAUCCGUUGGAGGUCCUCCACCUACUUUCGCUGCGUCCAGUUCUACCCCACAAAGCUUCGUGCGUGUGGUUACGGUUGACCACAAAGGGGCCAGCAGUAGUACCGAACAACGCCAACAUCAACAAGAAGAAGCUUCUUGGGUGGAGGUAGAAAAUGAAGACGAACACAAGCAAAUUAAUAUAACGGAGGGAAGAUAUCAGGAGCGGGAGCCGGAUGCUUUACUUGAGACACCCAAUAAGCGGAGCAAAGCUCCAUCGACGUGCAGCGACGAGAUCUGCGAUGCUGUGACUCGGGCGAAUCCACUGGCGGAGCGGCUGCGGCGCGCCAACGCACAGCUUCUUGCUCGGCCGCAUACAUACGCAAAUGGUGAAAAUGGCCCGUCGGCAUCGUCGAAAAACAUCACCAGUCUGCAGCUGCUAAAUUGGCGCCUCGAUUGCCCCUGCGAGCUCGAAGGGCGGGACGAGGAAAAUCAAAAUGACGCGACAGCCUCUGCCUGGCCGUCCUCGCAGGUGUCGGGCGACGCAGCGGACAUCGUUGCCGCUACAGACGGAACAACGUCGACUGGGAGUACUAGUGGACGCAGUGCGAUGAAUGGUCAAAAUUUGACGCGCGAAGAGGACCGCCAUGAAGAUGAGCAGGGAACCUCCUCCCGAUCGGAAGCGUUUUGCCGGCCUGAAUUCCACGAGACGUUCAAGACAGCCAGCGUCUUCUCCACGACCCGAGUGGGUGGCUCUCGACAGGAUGACGAUGGCGAUGACGGAGGUCCUCGCGCCAGCUAUGAGAGUGCACAAGAACGACAGCUUCCCUUCCGCAGCAUGUGUAAAAAUUAUAAAAUUUCAAAUCCGUUGAUAUGGCCGUACUAACCACGGAUUUCGCAAGUAGUCCAAAAAAAUUCAGGGUCCUCGGGCGUGUCCAUCGCGCUGGUCUUUUUGGUUAUGUUGAAUUUGGCAUGCAAAGUUGAGGCAUGGAGUAUCUAAGUUAAUUUAACUAGUUAAGAAGGCGGUCCGCUCCUGGGGCCAACAGCUUCCGGAGCCACGGAUUCGGGUCCCGAAUCCGUGGACCAGGACAUUGGGGAUACUGGAUCCGGACCGCCUUCUUAACUAGCUAGCUUAAAGAGAUGACAAUACAAAGAAAUACAAGGAGGCCCCUAUGCAUGAGUUGUGCCUCCUCCUCCGAUGCCAUCAUGCGCGGACCCUGAAAUUUUUUGGACUACUUCGAAAAUCCGUAGUUAGUACGGCCAUAAUUGAUUGUUUAUUGUUAGGUGGAAGAGGAAUUGUCUGCCUCUGCGUGAUGUGAGUGUGAGUCUUAAAUUGUACAGAACAAUUUCAGACUCACACUCACUUCACGCGGAGUGCCGCGCUCUUCAGCGAUUGCAGUACUACUGCAAUCGGUGAUGUGCAGACGAUUUUUUUCACGGAGCCCAAAUUUCAUCUGCCGUUGCUUGUGUUGCUCCUGAUCAUGGCCUUCAAAUGAGGGGAAGGGUUGGUUAUGCACUCUCAUAACGGCGCAGGCUCUGCGUCACUCGCAGUUCUUCGCGGCGACCAGCCUGACCUGCGACCGAGGUGCCUCUCCGCGGGCCUCUACGAUCGGGAUCGGGAUGCUCUGAUUAACAGAAUCGGAAAGGGUAUGGCAGUGUCGGGUUCGAAAUCGACAAGGUUGAAAGAGUUUGCGGCGUAUAGUAAUAUUGUAUCGACACGACGACCAGUAGUCGAAGAACCCGCAAGCGCUAGCUGCUGGCGCGUGACAAAUGAAAACUUUGCCAGUAGCGAAGUUCAAAAAUAGGAAUGUUGCUGUUUGCUUUCUGUUUUGGCAAAAAAGGGUCUUUUUGUCGUGCUCUUGUAGCAGCUCUAUCUGCAACAUCAUCGCACAACCUCAAACAGACUCAUCGGAGAAUCUCCCUGACUUGCCUGCUCGUGCUCUUCAAGAAAGGCACUCUGACUCUGUCUGUGUGCCCCGCAUAAUUUUGUGCAUUGCAAAUUGUUAUUGUUUACUGUGUCGCCCAUUUCAAACCAGACACUUCCAUACAGGGAGAGCAGUUUUUUGUCGCCGUGGACGAGCAGGAGGCGCAGGUAGUGGCAAGAAAGUACUUGCGAGCGAUCAAGCGCGCACCAUUUGCCAAAAGGGUGGUCGCAAAAGCUCCUGCUUCGUGGUCCUCCUUCAAUGGCCUGAUCUGGGAACGUCCACGACAUAAAUACAAGUACGAUCCGCCGUAUGAGGAGGAGAGGUAUUACAUGAUGGAGAACUCCUCGCUGCAGUCUUGGCUAUGCUCGGUAAAAGUAUCGCGACACUUACACUUUUAGAAGUAAAGCUAAAAUUUAUACUGCAGUAGAGUUGUAGAUGUAGUUCUUUAUGUAUGUUGGGCGGUGGCUUAGAUGCAUCUGGUUUAAAGGUGGCGUUUGCAAGUGCUGACGAGUGACCUAAAAUGAAAUAAUCAGACUACUUGUCACGCCAGACUGACUGCACAAAAUUGCACGACGAGUGCGAUACUUUUGCGCGGCAUAUUGGUUCCACCACGACAACUCCACAGCUUCGCCCGACCAAAUAAAAAAGCGGCAUUGCGGACGAUCGUGGUCGGACGAUAGCCAUGACUUUGAAAAAUGGCUUGGCCCUUUCGUGCGUAGAAGCACUGUCUUACUGAACGCGUACAUCGGUGAUCUUCUGCUGUGCCAUUCGCCCCCAGUUUCCCAACGCGCACUGGAGCUAGCGAGACCUCCAAGCGCGGACCUGGGUUUUCCAACACCCUGGUCGCUCACCGGUGUGGCGAUUUAA